GUAAGAACCGUGCGGUGGUAGUGCUGCCUAAAAUAGUAUAUUUAUCAAUCUAAAUGGGUAUCGACAUCAAUCACAAGUGGGACCGCAAGGUUCGCCGUACGAAGCCGAAGUCGCUGGACGUUUACUUGCGGCUCCUGGUUAAGCUCUACCGCUUCCUGUACCGUCGUACGCAUAAAAAGUUCAACAAAAUCGUUAUGCGCCGUCUGUUCAUGAGCCGUACCAACCAGCCCUCGAUUUCGCUGGCCCGUGUGGCGAAGCUGAUGAAGCUGCGAGGAAAGGACGAGAAGACGAUCGCGGUCGUUAUUGGCACCGUGACGAAUGAUGACCGUAAGCUGACCAUCCCGAAGCUGCGAGUGUGCGCGCUGCGUGUGACGGAAAAGGCUCGUGCGCGUAUUUUGAAGAGCGGCGGAAAGAUCUACACGUUCGAUAAGCUGGCACUGUUGUCCCCGACCGGAAAGAAUACCGUGCUGAUGCAAGGCGCUCGUACCGCCCGUGAGGCCUGCAAGCACUUCGGACGGGCUCCCGGUGUACCGCACUCCAACACCCGGCCGUACGUGCAGUCUAAGGGCCGCAAGUUCGAGAAGGCUCGCGGUCGCCGUAGCAGCUGUGGCUUCAAGAACUAAGUAUAGCACGAUUGAUACUCCUUCCGAGUUGCAAUCACAGCAGGGGAAAUGCAUGUGGAUCGUUUUCUUUAUUGCGGAAAAACGAAGGCGAAAUACAAGGAUAUCAUCUUCUGUAUGAACAAA